AUGGCACUCUUCACCUACAACCUGAUGAUGCCGUUCUGUGGUAACCGCCACAUGAACCUUGUGGUGGCUGUUUGGCUCGUCGGUCUCUUCUUUGAGCAACUCUACUUGGCUGUUGUUAAAAGAUGGCACUUCGGCCGUGUCAGUAUCGUCGCCAACGUGCGGUACAUGCUGGUGAUGCUGGUCACUCUGGCCCUGAUCGUGGUUUUCCGCAUCCUCUACUGGCCGGUGCUUCCCUUCUUCAUUGUCAAGAUUUUCCUCUGCUUCAGCCUCAUCUACUUCUUCUACUAUGCUAUGGGAUAUUUCUUCCCUGUCUCCAAGACGCUUGGACCAAUGCUCAUCAACAUUACCGUCAUGAUGAGAAGAGACCUGGUGAAAUGGCUCCGUAUCUGGUCCAUGACGCUCAUCUCUGGCGCAGUGGCUGUCCACGCAGUUCUGUACCCUGCCGCGCCUUUCAACCUAAACACCUUGUGGUCGGCCUUCAUCCGGGGCGUCUUUGCCCUGUUCACCACGGACAUCUCAGAUCUGGACACAGAUGAUCCAGUCUGUGCUUGCUUGUAUCACGAAACUGGAGAGAAAGGAUGUAGAGCUCCAGAGCAAGUCGGGUCUGAAGUGUUGAAGAAGAUUGAGCGGUGUCCGUACCAGAGCCACGGAGGUUACGUCAUAACUCUCCAAUACAUCUUCAUUACUAAACUCAUUUUUGGUACACUGAUUUUUGCAAUAUGCAGGUAAUACAAUUUUCAUGGCUUUUAAAUACUGUUUCCUGAUCUUACUCAUUAAAAAAAACAACAAUGUGAAGGAAAAUUUAUAUCAUCAUCAUCAUUGCCUUUCCCACCCAGGAUCAGAAUAUAGGCCACACACAAACACUUUCCACUUUUCCCUAUCCUGGGCUAGCCGCUUGAUAUCACUCCCUGUCUUCCCACUGUACAUCCAUUUCCGUCACUCUUCUCCAGGUUCCACAUGGUUUUCCUCUUGAUCUUUUACCCUGUGUGCAAUCCCUUUAUUUGUAGACCAUGAGGCGUGUGUAUGUUUACAAACAACUACUUGCAAACAUUGAC